AAUGUUACGUAAGAUUAACUUUUACUUCCACUCUUUUGCAUUUCUGCGUAGAGGUUGAGUGCGCACAGAUUUUAGGCCCUGAAAAACAAAAAGAAAACACAGACAACUGCCAUGUCCGAAAAACCUGUGGUGUACUAUUUUAAUGGGAGAGGGAAGAUGGAGUCAAUCCGCUGGCUUUUAACUGUUGCAGAAGUCGAGUUCGAUGAAGUGCUUCUGACAACUCGGGAGCAGUAUGAAAAACUCCUUGAUGAUGGGGCGCUCAUGUUUCAACAGGUCCCUUUGGUGGAAAUGGAUGGCAUGAAGCUCAUUCAGACAAAAGCAAUCCUGAAUUACAUCGCAGAGAAGUACAAUCUGCAUGCAAAGGAUCCCAAAGAACGAGUCAUGAUCAACAUGUAUUCCGAGGGAUUGACAGACCUCAUGGAAAUGAUUAUGAUCCUCCCCUUCACCCCAGAUCCCAAACCCAAAUUGGACAACAUUCAAAGCAAAGCAAAGGAGCGCUACCUUCCUGUGUAUGAAAAGGCUCUGACUGGACCCGUGUACCUGGUGGGAGGUAAACUAAGCCUUGCUGAUGUGCUGCUUCUUGAAUGCACCCUGAUGCUGGAGGAGAAAUUUCCAGACAUUUUGAAAGACUUCCCCAAUAUCAAGUCCUUUCAGGGCAGGAUGACACAAAUCCCCGCCAUCAGCAGGUUUCUGCAGCCGGGCAGCAAGAGGAAGCCGCCGCCAGAUGAAAAAUACUUGAAGAAUGUUGUGGAAGUCUUAAACCUCAAGUUGCCACUUUAAGAAAAACGCUACAAAAGAUCUGUUACAUUCCUCAUUAGGCAGCGUGAUUAUGAUCAGUUACAUCUAAAAUCUUAAUUAGUUUAAAGGACAAACAACACAAUAAGAGUUAAGAGGCAGAUAAUCAUUUACCAGCCUCUUAACUCUUAUUGUUAAGAGGCAAGUAAAUACGUGAAGAUAGACGAGGCACCAACACAACAACAUGGAAAGAACUUCUGUAAUCGUCUUUAGCAAUAAAUACAUUUGACAAAAACA